AUGCACAGCAGAAAGAAUUCGACGCAAUGCUCGCACAUGACUUGUUCAAAUGAUGCAGACAUAAAGAAAAUAUCCAAGGUGCUGUUUAUUAUUCUAAUGUUCAUGUUUCUGGAGUUGUGGGGUCACUGGAAGACAAACAGCCUGUCUCUAUUAGCAGACUCACUCCAUUUACUUGUAGACAUACUCGGGUUUAUAGUCAGCCUUCUUUCAUUAAGUUGGGCAAAAAAGCCUUCCAGCAAGAGAAUGACGUUUGGAUACCAUAGGAUAGAGAUCAUUGGGUCCCUGGUCUCUAUCGGGCUUAUCUGGGCAGCCGUAGGAUAUCUUGCAAUCGAGUCGUUCCACAAGUACCUUCAUCCAAGCGAAAUCGACGGAGGGAUGUUCUUCACCAUAGCUGUGGUUGGAUUUUUUGUAAACUGCAUAUGUGUGUAUGUUCUCCAUUAUGACGAGUACCAGCAUAAGCUCAAACACAAAAAUCUGAACAUCCGGGCUACCUAUGUGCAUGUGGUUGGGGAUCUUAUCCAAUCGGUGGGUGUGAUAAUUGCAGGGAUGGUGACAUAUUUCUAUCCAUCAAAAGCGAUUGUUGAUGUGGUCUGUACUAUGUUCUUUUCCAUACUUGUUCUAGUAUCCACGGGGUUUGUGCUAAAGGAUGGUGUCCGUAUACUAGCAGAAGGAGCGCCUACAGAUCUUGAUAUUGACGGGAUGAGGGCAGACAUUCUAGAAGUGGAGAACGUUUAUAAAAUUGUCGACCUAUAUGCAUGGUCAAUAUCCAUGAACAGAAGCGCUGUAUCCAUUAAGGUACUAGCUGACGAGAUACUGAUCAGCGACUACGAAAACAUCCUAAUGGAGGUGAAUCACAUACUUAAGGCAAAGUACCUUGUAGAUAUAGUAAUCAUACAGAUAGACACGCCCAACUCCUUUUAUAGAGACAGAGGGUUUGUCGUUGAUGGAGUCAUGAUUGAUUUGAAAGCUCUUGAAACGCCAGGGAUGAUGAUUCCAGAAGCCUAG